AUGGUCGCCACACUACCCUCAAGCUCAUCCAAGCACCACUUCUCCAUUUCAAGCAUCAUCUCAAAAUUUCGGGUAAGGAAAACGGCGGGCAACGAAAAGAACGGUGCGCAAUCAGUGCAAGAUGCACCACUAGAAGCGCGGCCGCCACUGAAGCCAGGAAUGCUACCCUUAGUCCUACCAGAGCAUCAACAAACUCUAUCGAGACUCGGUUGGACCACUGUCACGUUUCCAAACUCUUUGUCAGCACAAUCAUCUCCAGACUUGAACGAGCCCCAUGCGCCAGAGCCUGGACCUCAUCCUCUUCAGACUGCCUACGAGCAGCUAUUCGCAGCAAGUCAAGCUUUCUUCAACCAGCCCGAUAAGGAAAAGCAGCAAUGGAAGCACAAACUUAGGUCUGAAGAGGGCUGGUCCAAGAUCCCAGGAGAAAAGGAAUUCAUCACUUUGAGAACUCUGGAGUAUUGCCCAGAAGUCCUAAGAGAGCCUGCUGAGAGAUAUUGGGAUCUCAUCGGACAACACUGCAAAAACACGUUGGGCAGAAUCUCGACGUCCCUGGGAUUGCCAGACGGCGAAGAUGAGGGACUGAAGCAAUACGUCGGACCCUGUGGUUUAUUGCAAGACUCAGAUAAGAAGAAAACAGCGACAAUGUUGCGUUUAUUUCGAUAUGAAGGAUGGGAAGCGAAGGUCGUCGCUGAACCGCAUGCUGAUCUAGGACUACUAAGUGUGGUGGUGGGGGAUGUGCCUGGCCUGGAGGUCUGGGAUGGAGCCGACUGGUUCGCUGUAGAGAAAGUAGUCGAGGGUUCUGGGAGAAAAGGAGCUACUAUGCUUGCUGGACGGCAACUCGAACGACUCUCCAAUGGAAGAUAUCCUGCUGGUGGCCAUCGCGUCGUAGCUUAUGGAUCCAUGGAACCUCCAACAAGCCCCACCCAAUCUGCUCCGCAGCCUUCUUCCACUAAUUGCGCUUCUGUCGAUGAUAAAAGAUACCGGUUUUCGAUUGUCUUCGUUCUCCGUGCUCAUGAACCCACUAUUAUCAAAUCCGAUUCCCUAGAGACUGAAGUCACCGGCAAAUGGGCUGAACCUAUGAACGGUAUUACUGCUGGUAAAUUUUACGAGAAGAUUCGAAGCCAGCAUUUCAAUAUCAACAUCGACAUGGACGAGAGGGAGAAGCAAAGGAACAAGCUAAACAACAUCAAAGGAGGGAGGAAAGACGAGAGAUGA